AUGGUCUCCAUGGCGCAUCACCUCCGCUCGCAGGAAUACGAGCGCGUGCGCCAUUCCAAGUCGAUGCUGUCUGAGCCGCGCUUGUCAGAUGAAGAUGCAGCGCGUCUAGUCGAGGCGUACGAGCGCAGCGACACUUCAGCGGCCGACUAUAUCGCACUCGUCACCGAGAACCGUCCGUUCACGCCGCCGGCAACAACGCACGUCGUUGUCAUCGACUCCGGAACGUACUGUGCGUCGGUAGCGAUGCCUUUCGUGUUCAACUCGUUUCUCCAAGAUCACGGGAAUCAAGUUGUUCAAGAACUCCUCUCGCGCUACGAAGUAGCUCUCGUGGAGAAGGCCCCCGCUGGUGGAAUCUUCGUCCAGGCCGAGAAAAGACUCGUCGGUCAGGAAGUGAACCUCCUCGGCCGCAAGUUCAAGAUCAAGCGCCAGUCUCCGUUUGACAGCAAGUUCUACUUGGACGUCUUCGGAGUGCGGUCCACGGCCGUCGCCAAUGAUCUCUUUAUGGGCUUAGCCCAGCUUGGGGCAAGACCGUUUCUCUUGACGCCGCGAGACGUCAACAUGGACGCUCAUGUGGCUACACCAACCUGGCGUUUUUACUUUGGGCAAGAAGAGCCCCCUUCGUGCCUAAAAGUGCGCGGGUUCGUUACCAACCAGUUGGUGUAUGGGCGGAAGUUUUACAUUGCCCGUGGAAAACGCGCUGAAGCUCAGCCAACACGAGCAGCUAGCUUCAAGAAGUCGCCAUACUCGGUGACGUUGCCUCUCGGAGCUGAAGUACGUCGUAGCCCACCGCCAGCUUCGGCUGAGAAGGCUGUUGAGCUAGCCCCAGCGAGACGCAGUUGCGUUGAAACGCUGCCACGACGUCAAUCCCAAUCUCCAAUACCGGAAUUGAAUGAGAUGGACCCGCACCAGCAGGAGUAA